AUGAACUGGAGGAGUCCGAGACGGGACAGCUACCAAGACAUCGGCGGCUUAGACAUCGAGCUGACCAAUGUGAACACUGUUAAUGCUUUCGGAAAUGCCGGCAUUAGGAACUGUCCACGCUUCGGUUUGCGCUACCUACGGUAUCUUCGGUACCGGGCGAAGAAAUGGAGACGCUUUUCGGCUGCAGAGCAUGUGGACAUGGGCUUGAACCUGUGGGAUUACCAGGGCGCGCUAAAUUUACUCGGACACGCGACCGACCCU